UUGCUUUCAGAUUCGCAAAACGCUCUCUUCCACACCAUCACUUUGCCCCCACUCUCACCUCCAACUCGCCGAUUCGCAUCUAUUAUCAAUGGCUGGAGGGAAAGCUGUCGCUGACAAGAAGCCUGCAUCUACCGCUGGUAAAGCUCCCGCUUCGAAAACUACCGACAGUGCGAAGAAGUCGACCGUAGCGAAGAAAUCUGCACCCUCAGCCGAUGGUGACAAAAAGCCUAAACGCAAGAAGGCGAGGAAGGAGACAUACUCUUCUUACAUCUACAAAGUUCUUAAGCAGGUGCAUCCCGACACUGGUAUCUCCAACAAGGCUAUGGCCAUCCUUAACUCCUUCGUGAAUGAUAUCUUUGAGCGCAUCGCAUCUGAGGCUUCCAAGCUUGCUUCCUACAGCAAGAAGAGCACGAUCUCGUCGCGCGAGAUCCAGACUGCUGUUCGCCUGAUCCUUCCUGGUGAACUUGCUAAACACGCUAUCUCUGAGGGUACAAAAUCUGUUACCAAGUUCUCUUCGUCGCAGGCGAAGUAAAAUCUUGUUUUAUAGAUCUUCGUUCUCCCUACUUCCAUUUGUCAUAAUAUUUGGCUUAUUCUAGUACUUGUACAUGUUAUUGGAGUUUUGCAAUCAAGUUUGUAUGCGCGAGCGAUUCUUUUCAAGCGUG